CCCAAGAUUUAAAAAUUAGUAUUGCUUUUUAACAUGGAGGAUUUCUUACAACUUGUUGUGAAAUGUUUUCCAAUUGCAACAUUUAUAGUAUUCAUUACAUCAUGUACAAGUAAACCACAAAAAACCGAAACAAUUUCCUCGUCGCAGUCAGUGACAGAAUCAUCUGAAGAAUCUGAAAAAGAAGCAAUAAUCAUAGAAACGAAGAAUCCUUUGAUGCUCGAUGAUGUGAUUUCCGAAGACAGAAACGUCGCAUGUGGCAACCAGAAAGAUUCCAGCAAAUCAGCUGAAACUGCAGAAAAGAAAAAAGAAGAAUCGAAAGCAGAACAAGAAUUCAUUUUAGAUGAAACCAAUCCACAUUUUGCAUUUCUUCUUGCUGGAGAAAAUCGAGAUCAAGCUCAAACAUUUUUGCAUGGAAAAAUUGCAUAUGAGCAUUCGAAUGCAUUUCAGUGGGCAAUGAAGAAACGAUUGGCUUUUGAUGAAGGAUGCUGGAAGCACUUGAGCCGCAGAAUUGGAGCUAUUAGAGCAGAGGGAUUUGAAGUAAGAGUGAAUACGCGCCAAGCAAGGGAGAAUAAGCAAAAUGCUGAUCGUGAAACGAAAAUCGAUGCAGUAUUCAAUAAAUAUGCAAGGGGAAAAAAGAAGAGUGGAGAGUGAACGAAUAUAUUGUUUAUCCAAAAUGAAUAUUUAUAU